UUUCUAAAAGGUUGCUGCGAUUGGUCGAGUGCGUGUGACGUCAGUAGGCUGAACUUCCGGGUGAGUGUGUGUUGAUGCAAUCAGCUGAAAGUUGCGGAUCCGCUGUGAUAUUUUCUCUCUCUCUCUCUCUUCGCAGACGCGUUCAUGACAUUGAGACGGUUUUGUAUCAUCUAGAGCUGAAGACACAGAAUGGCCACUGCUGCAGCCACUGAACCACCAGCACCUCCACCACCACCACCACCACCUUCAUCAUCAUCACCAUCAUCAACAGGAGCAGCAGCAGCUAAUGGACAGACUCCAGGAGACAGCAGCAGUUCUCAGGACAGCACAUUUGAGUGUAACAUCUGUCUGGACACAUCAAAAGACGCCGUCAUCAGUUUGUGUGGUCAUCUCUUCUGUUGGCCGUGUUUGCAUCAGUGGUUAGAAACCAGGCCAAACCGGCAGGUGUGUCCUGUGUGUAAAGCCGGCAUCAGUCGGGAUAAAGUCAUCCCCCUGUAUGGACGAGGCAGCACCGGUCAACAGGACCCCAGAGAACGAACUCCUCCACGACCUCAAGGACAACGGCCAGAACCAGAAAAUCGUGGUGGUUUUCAGGGAUUCGGCUUUGGAGAUGGAGGUUUCCAGAUGUCUUUUGGAAUUGGAGCUUUUCCUUUUGGGAUUUUUGCAACAGCGUUCAAUAUCAAUGAUGGAAGACCUCCUCCAGCAGCUCCAGGAACUCCUCAACACACCGAUGAACACUUUCUGUCCCGUCUCUUUCUGUUUGUGGCUCUUCUGAUCAUGUUUUGGCUGCUCAUCGCUUAAACGGUUUAUUUCCAGGAGAUGAUAUUCGUACCUCUAAAAUCAGAGUUCACAUUAAUUACAAUAAUCACAUCUGUUGAGUUUCAGUAGUGAUGAUUUUUAACGUUUCCCAUUUGAGGUCUUUUUCUAUGAAAGAGAUGCGGCGCUCGUGUUGCGAUUGCAUGUCUGUGAUGCUGUGAAAUGAUAUGUGACUCUCUGAUUCUUCUGCCUGUCUUCAGUUUUCAUCCAGAUGUCAUUUUAAAUAAACAGAGUUUUAUUUCUCUUAAGAUCAAA